AUGUCUACCCGCAAGAGGAAGCAGGAGCAGGACGAAGAGGAGGAGUUCCUCUCCCUCCCCAGCGGCGACGAGGAAGAAGAGGAAUGCAAAGAGUCGUGUCCAUCGAUGUUUUAUGAUGGACGCCGUAUCUUGCGUGCAUCCGGCGGUGCCGGUGGCAGAGUGCAAUGGAACGACAUGAAAAACCAUGCUGACAUUGGCCCUUUCCCUCCAGGUUCGAGGAUGAGGACGACUACGAAGAGGGUGAUGAGGACGAUGACGAAGAGGAGGAGGAGAGAGGAGGAGGAGGGCGACGAAGAAAACGGCGAUGAUGCCGGUGAUGCCGCCGCCAAGCCCGCUGCCCCUCCCAAGAAGAAGCAAAAGGUUACUUCCGCCGAAGAUGAUGAGGAGAACGGCGAGGACGCCGAAGGCGAUGACGAUGCUGAAGAGGAUGAGGAGGACGCUGAGGAGCCUGAAGAGCCCGAAGAGCUCGAUGGCGACGAAGAGGCCGAGGCCAAUGGCGAUGCUGCCGACGACCUCGUCAAGAAGGCAGCUACCAAGACCGAUGCGCCUGUCGUUGCCGACGGCGAGGACGAGGUUGCGGCUGGCGGCGAGGACGAGGAGUAA